AUGCCUCAGACAGGUCCUUCACUGUCCCCAUCGCUGGGCAUCCGCCUUGAAGGAAAUCAACGUUCAUAUUCUCCAGGCGACACAAUUAUUGGCUGUGUUUACCGAAAAAGCCCUGUCGUGAGUCCAGACUCAUCAGUUACCAUCUCUUUAUCUGGGAGGACCAAAUCCAAGAUAGUGGUCCAUCGCGCAAAUAACAACACAAGUACUUACCGAGGCCGCUUCAAUCUCAUCCCCGAGUCUGCUUGCUCCCAAAAGAUCUUCCAAGGCCCGCUCCAUAUUGAGAGCGGCGGCGAUGAGCAGACAUGGUCGUUUGCGAUAACGCUGCCAAAACACGUUGACCCGCGAUACUUGCAAGGCGGGGGCCAGGAUGAGAGCUUUAUACCUCUUGGCGCAACAGACCACGUUCUACCAUCGACCUAUACACUUCGCGCCCUUGGAAACACCGAGGGCUUUGUCGAGUACUUUUUGAAAGCUACCUUGAGGGUCACCAGAAAAGGUCAUAUUGAUAUGACUGAAGCUGCAUUUCCGUUCAAUGUCAUCAACCUCAGCCCUGACCCUCCCAUAGCCGACUUUGGGCUCAAGGGGUCACGGAGUCGUCAGACCAUUUCGAGCUAUCGCCUUGUCCCAGGUAUGGAAGGUGUCAAGUUAUCAUUUUCACAGAAGAUGAAGCAGUCUUUCAGCACCUCUAGUGUACCAGAAUUUGUCUACAAUCUUCUCGUUGACGUCCCAUCCGUCAUUCAACUCGAAAACCCAACUCCGAUCCCGUUCAAGUUACGAGUCGUCCCGGAUUUAAAUGGGACAAGCGAGAUCAUCAAAGAAGUCCCACAAAAGGUCAAACUAUCAUCAGUUUCUAUGCGAAUCGUCAGCAGCACCGAGGUCAUUUGCGAAGGAACUCUGUAUCCCCAUACAAAGACAAAACGCGAGGAGAUUGACCUGUGUAUUGAGAGUGCUAUAAACAGAACUCAGGACGACAUCUACAUCCCCUGCACAGAUGAAGGGCCCCCACUCGAUGUUGGAGCCAUACUCGGUUUGCGUCUUGAACAACCACGACCUGGUUCUCCUCAUCGACCAAGCAAUUUACCAAAACUCAAUCCUACUUUUGCCACUUACAAUAUUCGUCACUCGCACAGGCUGACAUGGAAGGUCAUAGGUGAAAUAGCAGGAGAGCGCUUUAGCGCGUUGGGUGCAGUCCCAUUGAAGAUUUUGAUGCCAAGUGACGAGCGAGGGCGUCUGGGUGGUAAAACAUCAGUUCAAAGGACCGAAACUGAAGCUGCAUUUGACGGCGCCCCAGGUCCGUCUCAAUUGCAAAGGAACGAGUCGUGGAUCCAGCCUCCAGAUGAAGAUGACGCACCCCCAAGCUUCACUGAAGUAGUCGAGGAAGAUAAGGGAGCCGGGGUAGCAGAGAAGUCCCGUGAAUAG